AAAAAUCUGCAAUUACAUCGUAAUGGUGGUGAUUGUAGUAAACUAUCGACUGAUCAGAUCUAUUUUUAUUUGUAUUUUCUAAUUAAAUAACGUUAAAACGUAAUUUUAUAGUGUUGUGGCUGCGGCCAUAUCAUGCUUUCAUAUGUCGGGUAUAGCUAAAACGAAAGUUCUUGCCGAGGAAGGCGUUAAUCAGUGCAGAAAACGUUCAGUGACGACCACAGAACAUUGUAGUAAAAGAGUGAAAACUGACGAUAUGAGUGCCAAUGAGAAAAUAUCGAAUUUUUCGUUGUUACAUCCGAAUUCUAAUGGAACUGUUAAGAUGACGUCGUCAUCGAUGAAUAAACCGGGUGCAGCGACGAAAAAAUUGGUCAUAAAAAAUUUUAAAAGUAAGCCGAACCUUCCAGAGAAUUACCAAGAGACGACAUGGGGCAAGCUCCGGGAGGCGGUUAUUGCGAUCCAAACGUCCAAAGCGAUCACUUACUCCUUGGAGGAGCUGUACCAAGCUGUCGAAAACAUGUGUAGCCAUAAGAUGGCGUCUCAACUAUAUGUGAAUUUGACAAAUCUCGUAGAAGCUCACGUUAAAGCCAAUAUAGAGCAGUUUCUGUCAGAGAGUAUGGACCGUCAAGUGUUCCUGAAAAAGAUGGAUGACUGCUGGCGAGCCCACUGCAGACAGAUGAUCAUGAUUAGAAGUAUCUUUUUGUACCUAGAUCGUACUUAUGUACUGCAAAAUCCAAGUAUACAUUCUAUAUGGGACAUGGGUCUAGACCUGUUCCGUCACCACAUAGCAAUGAACACCUUGGUGCAAACGCGAACAGUAGACGGGCUGCUUCUGCUGAUUGAGAGAGAGCGCGGUGGUGACUCCGUCGACAUAUCCCUGCUCAAGAGUUUACUACGCAUGCUGUCUGAUCUUCAGAUUUACCAGGAUGCUUUUGAACAUAAAUUCCUGCAAGCAACGGAGCGACUUUACGCGGCGGAGGGACAGCGACUGAUGCGCGAGCUCGCCGUGCCGGAGUACCUCGCGCACGUCGAGAAGCGACUUAAAGAGGAGAACGACAGGCUCUUGCACUACCUCGACCCCUCCACCAAUUCAUUCAUUUCCAGAUGGCAGUUGAUCCACACGAUCGAGCGGCAGUUGUUGAGCGAGCACCUGACAGGCAUCCUGGGCAAGGGGCUCGAGGCUCUGAUGGACGGACCCCGGCUUGCAGACCUCACUACUCUCUACUGCCUCUUCAACAGGGUCAAGGACGGACUCAGCGAGCUUUGUAAUCACUUUAAUGCUUAUAUUAAGAAAAAAGGCCGCACGAUAGUAAUAGAGCCCGAACGUGACAAGAGCAUGGUGAGCGAACUGCUGGAGUUCAAAGAGCAGCUGGACCACGUGGUGAACACUUGCUUCCAGCGGAACGACAAGUUCCUAUACUCCAUGCGAGAAGCAUUCGAGCACUUCAUCAACCAGAGACAAAACAAACCCGCUGAGCUUAUUGCAAAAUUCGUCGACCUGAAACUACGAGCGGGUAAUAAAGAAGCGACGGAAGAAGAAUUAGAACGUUUAUUAGACAAGAUUAUGGUAUUGUUCCGGUUUAUACACGGAAAGGACGUGUUCGAGGCGUUUUACAAGAAGGACCUAGCGAAGAGGCUGCUGGUGGGCAAGUCCGCCUCCGUAGACGCCGAGAAAUCGAUGCUGAGCAAACUGAAACAAGAGUGUGGAGGUGGCUUCACUUGCAAACUGGAGGGCAUGUUCAAGGACAUGGAGCUAUCGAAGGACAUCAAUAUCACUUACAAACAGCACUUGGCGGCGACGCAAGAAGGCAGCCAACUGGAGUUGUCAGUGCACAUCCUCACGAUGGGCUUCUGGCCGACGUACACGGCGGCGGACGUGCGACUGCCGCCGUCGCUGACGCGUGCGCAGGACCACUUCGCCAAGUUCUACCUCGGCAAGCACUCGGGCCGCAAGCUGCAGUGGCAGCCCACGCUCGGACACUGCGUGCUGCGGGCACACUUCCCACAGAGCAAAGCGACUACUUCAUUGAGUACGCCAUUCCUGAUGGGUAAUAAAGAAUUACAAGUGUCGCUGUUCCAAGCGCUCGUACUUCUGCUGUUCAACGACGGUGACAACCUCUCGUUUGAGGAUAUAAAGACUGCUACUAACAUAGAGGAGGGCGAGCUGCGGCGCACGCUGCAGUCGCUGGCGUGCGGCAAGGCGCGCGUGCUGAGCAAGACGCCGCGCGGCCGCGAGGUCGACGACAACGACCACUUCGCCUUCAACGCGGACUUCACCAACAAGCUCUUCCGCAUCAAGAUCAACCAGAUACAGAUGAAGGAAACUAGCGAAGAACAGAAGGCGACAGAGGAGCGCGUGUUCCAGGACCGGCAGUACCAGAUCGACGCGGCGAUCGUGCGCGUCAUGAAGAUGCGCAAGGCGCUGUCACACAACCUGCUCAUCUCGGAGCUGUACAAUCAACUCAAGUUCCCCGUUAAGCCCGCCGACCUAAAGAAACGCAUCGAGUCCCUCAUCGACCGUGAUUACAUGGAGCGCGACAAGGACAAUCCAAACCAAUACAACUAUGUUGCGUAAUAAUCACUCAAACUAUCCCCACCACCCCCCACGGACGGAUGUAGUCAUGCAAACGACUAAACACUGGUUAUCGACAUGUUAUAUCGAUAAUUGCGGCCAACGAUGACUGAAUUUAACUUCAGAAGUACUGAAGUGUAUAAGGACUAUAUUUUUAAAAUUUAACGGCAUUAGCAGUAAAAAUAUUUUGCUGCCAUUCUACAAUUCAAUGUAAAGUUAUGCGUGUACUGAAUAAGACGUAAAUUCGAUGUUGCAUGUCGAUUUUACUCUAUUGGUCAUACUUUGGGUUUUCUGAACAACAAAAUUAACAAUAAGUAUGUGAACGUUUUGUGAUUAAAGUUAAUAAAUGCUUUGUAAAAUAUCUGUUAAAUGUUUCAAGUGUUGUAAGAGUUUUAUAAGGGUUUGUAGGUCUGUGUGAUCAUAUUAAACGCAAAGUAAUUUGAUCUAUAUUUUCUUACUUUUAAGGUCUAUAACGAUGAGCAAAUAUUAGAACGAUGCGACAGUGCAAAUAUGAAACCGAACCACGCCACUUUGUUUUUAUUGGGGUCGCUGAGGGAAAAAGACUCCAAUUAUCGUAAUAAAUAAGGCAUACAUUGAUAAAUACCUAUCUAUGUCAGUGUCGCGUGAUUUUAUAGAAUGUGCACAUUCCUUUAUAGCAGAACGCGCACUUUGUUUCACAGUGACUUUACAAUCUGCCCUCAAUCUAGGAUUUAUAUCCAACAAAUAUGGAGGUUUAAAAUAACUAUUACUUUAUGUGUAUUUCCUAAAUCAUAACCUGGCUUGCACAACUCGCUAAACAAAUUUGCAAUCUACUGUCACUAUUAAUUUCUAAUGGACGACAAUAACAGGACGAUUAUUAAAUACUUGAUUUAUAUUCUAAUGAGUGUACAGGCCAGCCUAAAAUAAAUAAUAUAACGUAUCGACUUUGAGCAAUAAAAUACAACUCUAUGUUCCUAUGUUUAAGGGUUAAUAUUCAUUACAAUAUUUGCGUCGCGUGUCUACAUUCGUCCGAGAUAUAGAUAGUCCCGAUUGCCGCUGAAAAUACUAAUCAAACGCAAUUAACAUGGUUUCAAAAAGGCUUCGAAAUUAAACUUUACACCAAUUGAAUAAAGAACAUUUUAAAUUGGCAAGUUUGGAUACAAAUCUUUGUGAAACCAUGCAGCUUAAUGAUAGAGUAUAAAUAUUGUAUAAUGACAAAUAAUUCAGCUUUUACGAAGGCAAUGACCAGAGAUUUAAAAAAUGUAAAAAAGAAUUUACUUUUUCUCCUUAGAUAUUACUUAUUUUUGUUUUCUUAGGAAGUUUUUCGACUAUAGAACGUCUGCCCACUAGUUAAGAUUGGAAAUCCAAUGGAUAUCAACUGCCAAAGGAAUAUCGAAGAGUCCUACUUAAACUGAUGUUAAUGUUUUUACCUGGAGGAAUUGAUUUAUACUUCAUUGAACUAACAAUGAUUGCCAAUUAAGUAUAAAGUUUUGUUAGUUAUUACUGAUAAUUAAAUCUAAAAAUAUCUAAAAUAAAUAAACAAUGGAUAGUUAUCAAGGUCCCGAAAAUAAUCCAAUCAAAAUAAUUUAUACUUAGAGCAUUGCGAUCAAACUAUUCUGAUUGACCUAUUUUCGCCAUCAAUCCAAAGAUAUCGAUCUAGAUAAUUUAGUAAUUUCAGUUGUACAUUACAAAAUGUUAAAGCUCUGAUAGACAGACAUCUAAUGAGGAUGCUAUGGCUAACCAAGCCUAAAAUUUAACAUCAAGCAAAAUAAUAAUCAGUUUAAGUUCGACUUCUUUUGAGCGAGAUCUCUUCAUAGGACAGGAGAAUGCCUCUUCCUUCUGCUCAUGCGCUGAAACUAUAAAUAUAAAUAAACUUUACACUUAGUGACAUAAUGUGUGAUAUUAGAGAAUCGUUACCCUUCUGGCGGUAUAAGGUUCAUCUCUAUUACUAGACACGAUGCGAUGACAUUUUUGACAUUCAAUAGAUAGGUCAAAUCAACAGGAUUUAUCGAUAUCGAUAAAAAAAUUCAGCCAAUAAUAUUAAAUAGACAUGUAAUUAUUAGUCACGUCUUGACAAUAAUUGUACAUAAUGACACGCGUCAAAAAUGUCAUUACAAUCAUUUACGGAUUACAUUAUUUUGAACACAUUUAUGGAAGUUAAAUUAUUCAUCUUUUUUCCUUAUUCUUUUGUAUAUUAAGGCUAAAAGGCCUCGUGUUCGUAAAGUUAUAUGUUAGCUUUAAUAUUGGCACCAAAUAAUACGAAUCAGAGGGACAAUCUGAAGGUCAAUGUCAAUGCGUUGUACCAUUUGUUUACGUCACGCAGGAGGGUUCGCCGAUUAAAGCAUUAUUUAUAAUUAUC